AUGGCGGCCCCCCGCCCGCCUCGCGCGAUCUCCGUCUCGGCUCCGGUGUUUUACGCCCCGCAGAAGAAGUUCGCCCCGGUGGUGGCCCCGAAGCCCAAAGUGAACCCUUUCCGGCCCGGCGACAGCGAGCCGCCUCCGGCCGCUGGGGCCCAGCGCGCACAGAUGGGCCGGGUGGGCGAGAUCCCCCCGCCGCCCCCAGAAGACUUUCCCUUACCGCCUCCUCCGGUGGUCGGGGAGGCAGAUGACGCCGAGGGCGCCCUGGGAGGUGCCUUCCCACCUCCGCCGCCCCCGAUCGAGGAACCGUUUCCCCCCGCGCCUUUGGACGAGGAGAUCUUCCCUUCCCCACCGCCCCCGCUAGUGGAGGAGGGAAGUCCUGAGGCCCCCACCCAGCUCCCAUCGCAGCCCAGGGAGAAGGUGAGCAGUAUUGAUCUGGAGAUCGACUCACUGUCUUCGCUGCUGGAUGACAUGACCAAGAACGAUCCCUUCAAAGCCCGGGUAUCAUCUGGAUAUGUACCCCCACCGGUCACUACUCCAUUCAUUUCCAAGUCCAAUACUAAGCCUGCAACUGGGGGCACAGCACCCCUGCCUCCCUGGAAGUCCCCUUCUAGCUCCCAGCCUGUGUCCCAGGCUCAGCCUCAGAGCCAGACACCAUUCCAUGUCCAGUCUCAGCCCCAGGCCAAGCCCCAGGCACCCCCCCAGCCUGUGCCUUUGGCCACCACCCAGCCUCGGGGGCCCCCAGCCUCACCUCCAGCCCCUAAAUUUUCUCCGGUGACUCCCAAGUUUACCCCUGUGGCUUCCAAGUUCAGCCCUGGAGCCCCAGGUGGACUUGGGUCCCAGCCCCAUCAGAAGUUGGGGCCCCCUGAAGCUCCCUCUUCCACUGGCACAGGCUCCCCUCAGCCCCCCGGCUUUACCUAUGCUCAGCAGAAGGAGAAGCCCCAAGUGCAGGAGAAACAGCAUCCAGUGCCGCCACCGACUCAAAACCAAAACCAGGUGCGCCCCGGUGGGGCCCCAGGGCCUCUGACACUGAAAGAGGUGGAGGAGCUGGAGCAGCUGACACAGAAGCUGAUGCAGGACAUGGAGCAUCCUCAGAAGCAGAGCGUGCCCGUCAACGAGUCCUGUGGCCGGUGUCACCAGCCCCUGGCCCGUUCGCAGCCCGCGGUUCGCGCUCUGGGGCAGCUCUUCCACAUCACCUGCUUCACCUGCCGUCAGUGUGAGCAGCAGCUCCAAGGCCAGCAGUUCUACAGCCUGGAGGGGGCUCCGUACUGCGAGGGCUGCUACACCGACACUCUGGAGAAGUGCAACACCUGUGGGCAGCCGAUCACUGACCGCAUGCUGAGGGCCACGGGCAAGGCCUACCACCCGCAGUGCUUCACCUGUGUGGUCUGCGCCUGCCCCCUGGAGGGCACCUCCUUCAUCGUGGACCAGGCCAACCGGCCCCACUGCGUCCCCGACUACCACAAGCAAUACGCCCCCAGGUGUUCUGUCUGUGCAGAGCCCAUCAUGCCGGAGCCUGGGCGCGAGGAGACCGUGCGCGUGGUCGCUCUGGACAAGAACUUCCACAUGAAGUGCUACAAGUGCGAGGACUGUGGGAAGCCCCUCUCCAUUGAGGCGGAUGACAACGGCUGCUUCCCCUUGGAUGGCCACGUGCUCUGCCGGAAAUGCCACACCGCCAGAGCCUAG